CAAGUUGAUAUCAUCUUGACUUCUUUACUUGAUAACUAUAGCAAAAUGAUUAGAACAGUUAAACCAAAGAAUGCUCGUUCCAAGAGAGCCUUAGCCAAAAAGGAAGCUAAAUUGGUAGAAAACACCAAGUCUGCUUUAUUCGUUCCAGGUUCCACAAGUAACAAGCUCUUACAUGAUGCUAUGUGUGACUUGAUGGCCUUGAAGAAGCCUCACGUCAAGAAGUUUUCCAGAAAGAAUGAAAUCAGACCAUUUGAAGAUGCCGCUGAAUUGGAAUUUUUCUCUGAAAAGAAUGAUACCUCUUUAAUGGUUUUCUCAUCUCACAACAAGAAGAGACCUAAUAACUUGACUUUUGCCAGAUUUUUCAACCACAAGGUCUAUGACAUGAUCGAAUUGUCUAUUCAAAAUAACGUUAAAUUGUUGCAGGAUUUCAAGAAGUUGACGUUUACCAUUGGUCUUAAACCAAUGUUUGUUUUCAAUGGUCCAGCAUUUGACAAUCACCCAGUAUUCCAACAAAUCAAGUCCUUAUUCUUGGACUUCUACAGAGGUGACGAAACUGACUUACAAGAUGUAGCUGGUUUGCAACAUAUCAUUGCCUUGUCUGCUGGUGAAAUCGAAGAUCCAAACUCUACUGCAUUGCCAUUAUUACACUUCCGUACCUACAAGUUGAAGACUUAUAGAUCUAACCAAAAGGUCCCAAGAGUGGAGAUUGAUGAAAUUGGUCCUAGAUUUGAUUUCAAGAUUGGUAGAAGAGUUGCUCCAGCUCCAGAAGUUGAAAAGGAUGCUCUUGAAAAGCCUAAGCAAUUGGAAGCCAAGGUUAAGAAGAACGUCACCACUGACUUUAUGGGUGACAAGAUCGGUCGUGUCCAUGUUGGUAACCAAGAUUUGGGUAAGUUACAAACUAGAAAAAUGAAGGGUUUGAAGGCCAAAUAUGACCAAGUUGAAGUAGACAAUGAAGAAGAAGACUUUGUCAGUGCUGACGAAGAACCAGCACCAAAGAAACAAAGAGUCUAGAGAAAAAGAAGGGGGAAAGAUUAUUUUUGCAUUAGCAAUGGAUAGUAUUCGCUGUCUUUGUCUGUUUACUUUUUUAUUUGGAAGAGAUAUAGAUUGUUAUAUUUCUUACCUUCACCUUGUACACUAUAUAUAUCAUUAAUCAACGUCAUGUUAAGAA